AUGGGACACCACCAUAGUAUCUUUCAAUUUUUCCGAGGGAGAUGCUCCCGUCGGAACAGGGGUUACAGCAAUGGCAUCUCCUCACACUACGGGGGCACUUCGAGCCUGCAAGGACGUGGCUCCAUCUACUGCAGCGGAGAGGGCUCCAUCAUCUACAGCCGGGGAGCUGCACCCACAUCCUUCCCCUAUAGCAUCACAGCGGGGUGCACGCCCAGCAGCGAUGGGGUUGUUGUAAUAUCUGGGGGCGAUAGUGAGGGGCCACGUGGAUGGAGCACAACAGGAGGGACAGUCCCAACCUACAGCCCCGGGGGGGCAGUGGGAUAUGGCACUGAGGACACAGGAUGGGGUACAGUGAGUGGUUCAGCAGGCGGCGGAGGGUCAGGAUGCUACGGUGGGAAAUUGGGUGUUGGGAGAGGUUCUGGCUAUGGGUACGAUGCAUCGCAGAGGCAAAAGGCUGUAUGCACAAGUGCUGGACAGGGGAUGUAUGGUGGAGCAUCAGGCUAUGGCACCGGGGGAGAGCUCAGCUCUGGAGGUGCUGGGAUGGCACAGGUCAUGCAGCAGAAGUGCCCCGUGGUCAUUCCCGACAUUGAGCCCCAACAGAUCAAACAGAGCUGCCAGUGGCCCCCCAGCCAGAAGAAAUGA